AUGGUAGUGAAUUUGACCGUGGAAAAUUGGUCAGAUGGUAAUGGAAAGCAUACGGCAUCUCAGCAAGUUUUUGUGUUAGACUCGUCCUUCUCAAUGUUACCAAACUUUAACCGCACUCGCCGCAUCUGGAUUUAUCUGCCGCUUGAUUAUUACAAAAUGUCAAAAAAUUAUCCUGUUAUUUAUGCUCAUGAUGGUCAGAAUCUUUUUGAUCAGGUCUACUCAUAUUCUGGAGAAUGGGGAAUCGAUGAAACGUUAGAUCAGCUGUUCAACAGAACGUCAUCUUCGAUUGGAAAUGGAGUGAUUGUUGUCGGGAUCGAUAAUGGAGGGAGUGAAAGAUUGAACGAGCUAACACCUUUCCCGAGUUCUACUCGAGGUGGAGGACAUGCUGAUAAAUAUUUGAAAUUCAUCGUCCAUCACCUGAAACCGUACAUUGAUAUGCGUUUCCGAACAAAACCUGAACGUCAAAAUACAGCCAUUCUAGGAAGUUCACUUGGUGGUCUAGUGAGCUUUUAUGCAGCCGCUCGUUAUCCGCACAUAUUUGGACGUGUAGGCGUUUUUUCCCCGUCAUUCUCGUUCAGUGAUGAGAUUUAUACAUAUGCAGAAAAAAUGUUUAAUUUGUUUGAUAUAAAUCCAAAGUUGUACUUUGUCUGUGGAGCAAAAGAGAGUAUGACAAUGAUUCCUGAUAUGCAACGAAUGGUUCGAUUACUCGUUGACACUAAACAGUACACAAAUAAAGAAGUCAAAUCAAUUGAUAAGGAUGAUGGAGAACAUUCAGAAUGGUUCUGGCGAAGGGAAUUUGUCGAUGCAGUAAAAUGGCUCUUUGAUGAUUAG